AUGCCGAACGGCAUAGGUCCCCAAUCAGGGUUAAUGCCCGCCUGCGGGACUCCUGGAUGUAGGUCCUGGGAGAUAAAUCGCCCCUUAGGAAGGUCCAGGGUUUGGAUUCGGGGUUGGAAUCUGACGAUGAGUACGUCCCCACAAAGGGCACCGAAUCAAACUACCGUUCGGAAACUCCCCCGGGGUAUUCGAAGGCAAGACCACCAAGUCCAAGGAGAACUUCCGAGGACUUCAGUUCCGAGGAUGUCCCAAGCCGAGACCCCGCUAUCCGCUUGCUUUUCCAGAGAAUCCAGAAGAUGGAGGAUGACCGAACCCGGUCCCAGGUCCCUGACUGGGGAAAACUUCGGCCAUGACCAUUUACCGAGUGCAUCAAGAAGUCCAGACAGGACAGGGAGGUGCAGCCAUUGCGCAUAUCGUUCUAUACCGGCGUGA